AUGCCGUCACCCUCGGUUCAACACUCGGGCGCAUCGCCCGCAGUUUCCAUUGAAGGCAGCGCAGUAGCUAAUAAGAAGAUUGACGGCCGUGGCUACCAUCCCUUUGACCUUCUCUAUCAGCUCCACACCACUGGCCUCACGCUUUCUGUCGGGUGGCGAAACGUGCCAUCUCGGCAGUCGCUCAUGAGGCCUUCUUUCCACCAGUCCAGUUCUCAUUCUUCCGCCCUCCACAGCGCUUCUAAUUCGUCUCAUGUGUCUGCAUCUCUCCCAUCAACCGAUACCGACAGUGCUUCGAGUAUUUCAGAGACAAAGAAAGAUCACUCCGCGACUGCCGACCACCAAACUGUAUCGGCGCCUCAGCCACAGUUGGCAGUUUCAAAAGGCUUUUCAGUCGCAUCAGAUGGAAGUCAAAAUGUCUUCGAGACAAUCAAUGCAGUGGUGUGCAUUCCCCUCAAAAGUGGCUCAGAGGCAGCCCGGUUGUUUUUGAGGCGAAUUGACAACGAUAGCCCAUCUCAGCAGUUCACUUCAUCCGUCGAGUUUACGCUGAAUCCACAGACUGUCACUUUUCUCCCCCUCGACCCUUCAGAGCUGAACGAUACAUCUCUCUGCCCAGAGAACCUUUACGGGCAGGACCGCGUCUUGCAGACAGGGGUGCAAGACGGGGUAAAGUGCGCGGAACAAGGAAUAAGCACCCCAUCGUCGGCACCGGUAUCUCCUGACGGCGGCGUGAAGGACAACGAGGAGUCUACGGAGUCGCGGGCCAAACCGGCAACCUUUCCUCGUUGUUCAACUGAAUCCCCCCGCUCGUGCCCAACCGAUACAAACACAUCAAGCAGCAAAGCUCCUGGUUGCCGUGAAUGUUCGUACAUUUCUCGUGAAGGUGCCACCUCUCCAGACUGUCAGGUACCUAGCGCGUGUCCUGCCGAACCUACUUCUAACAGCUUACGUUCUGUGCCCGUUGUGUCCCCGUCUUCGCCUGCACCCGCACGAGCACCUUCUGCAUCUGGGUCGGGUUGUUGUGAGGCCGGUCUUUCUAGCUCUUCGGUGCCAUCGGAUGCCAAAUUAUCCCCGUCGUCUUAUGUAGACAGUGUUGGCCUCUGCGGUGACUCGACGCAUCCCGUCAGUCCAUCUGAACCUAGUCGAGAGCGUCAGGCGGUCGUGCUCCAGGGCCCCGAUGGAGUCGAGGUGGUGAUCAGGUGUCGCUCUGGCGAGCCAGAGACUUCUUGGGCUGUUGGGUCACAAAGUGACAAGAUCGUCAGGCCUGAUUCCGGAACAGAUCUGCCGUGUACGGUGGUAUGCGAAGCCUUGAGGAUUCUCCAAUUAUACGGCUUCCGACAAAGUGCACUUUUGUCAUCUUUGACGGAUCCAUCGUCUUCUGAGAAGGGAUGCGGCGACCUUGCGAAAGCUACCGCGAAACUCAAUUUGCAGGUCCUCUGUAAUGUUGCUCUAGCAUCGCCACCUGCGAUACCGUCUGUGGCACUGGAAGGCACGGUAACUGCCGCUCAGCCUGUAGCCAUUCCUCCGGAACUGGGGUCUGCGCCUGAAUGUCGACAGUCGUCGGCGACCGAAAAAACUGAACUGACCGGGAACCUAAAGGCCUUCAAGCAAGCGAGCAAGAUGGGGGGACUUCCGACAGAUGGCGACGGCUCAGAGGAGUGUGGACGCUCAGACCAGGGCUGCAGUCGUGCGACCCGGCCGGUGCGAGGAGCCUCCGCCACCGUGAGCCCCAAGCUGAGACCUUCCGAAUGUGAUAGGAGUGACCGUGGGGAUGGGACGGAUGAAAAACCACAAAAAAAGGCAGAAGGGAGCGAGGAAAGGCAGCACGGGACUUGCGUUGCGCUUGACAGAAUGCUCCAAUCCUUGGGGUACUCGCACAGCUCAGUGGACCUCUCCCUGGUGUAUCUCGCUGCAGCAGGCCUCUUGGUAAGUUUUCUGUGUACGCGCGCUUCGAGACACCGUACAAUGUAG